AUGGCGGGCGAUAGCAUUGACGAUGACGAAUACGUUGCGCGCCUACUCAAGCAAGAUGCUGUAGACGCCUCGAAGAAGUACAGUUUUGUGGGCCUGGAUGCCUUCCACCCAAAGAGGCUAAGAUCAGACGCUCCGAAGCCGAACACCAACUUUCUGCGACAUAUCAUCCGCCAAACCGAUAGCCACAACGCAGCGUUGCUGGCUCGAGAGGCGAAAGACUCGCGCGCACGCCUGCGACAGCUAGAUACCGCAAAGAACGGCAGUAACGAUCGAACGCAGAACCCACGAAGCAGAAAAGAGGACGACUACGACCGUCGUGAACGGAGGGCUGAAGGCCGGGGGCGCCAUCGUGUGAGCAGUGACGAGAACCAGGAUAGAAGGAGCUUUAAGAAAUCAGCACAUGCGCGACGUGCAUCGGGAGACGAGGGAAGUCGGCACAGAAGACGACGCAGUGCGGACAAGGCAGAACGGCCGGCGUAUCGCUCCGACUCUCGACGCGAAAGCGAGCAUCACACUCAAAGGAACACAGACAAAGCACAAUCCUCACGAAAUUCAGAGCACCGCAGCCGUAAACGCGCAAGAGAACGAUCCGUUUCAGUGUCUAGAACCAAUACGCGUUCUCCUUCGCCUUGUUCCAGCCGAUAUGACAAAGCUUCCAAGCGGGACCGAAGUCCUCGCUCGCCCAGAAAGAGAUCGAGAAGUCCACCAAAACGAGGCGAACAGUACCAAAGCAGGCGCGCGUCACGAACGAGAGCAAGACGAGACCCCUCAAUUGAAGACGAUUCUGAUCCACUCGAGGCAAUCGUGGGACCACUACCACCGCCGAAACCGCCAGCCGUGCGCUCCCGCGGUCGAGGUGCACGCAAAGGCGAUGCAGAAGGCAUCAAUGCGCGCUUCUCCUCGACCUAUGACCCAGCGAUGGAUAUCGAUGCGUUCUCAGACAAAGGUGAUGACUGGGGCGACGCUGUCGAAGCAUAUCGCGAUCGUCAGCGAUGGAAGCAACAAGGAGCAGAAAGGCUCAAGGCAGCCGGGUUUAGCGAGGAGCAGGUGAAGAAGUGGGAACGAGGCGACGAGAAAACCGAGGAAGACGUCAGAUGGACCACGCGGGGCCAGGCGAGGGAAUGGGACAGAGGGAAAGUGGUUGAAGCGGAUGGAGACAUUGGGCAUAAGGCCGCGUGGGCGGACAAGUGAGCACCAGGCGUAUUGUAAUAAGUUAGAGGCAUGCGUAUUACUGUCUUGUGAAAUACCUAUUCUAUGGUAACACGCUGUGCUUGGACUCUUGACGUAAAACACUGCCC